CCGAGCCAUCGACAUGUCCACCAGCCUAGCCGAGCUCUACCACUCCUCGCUGACCUUCUGGAGCCACCUGAUCCACCUACUGCUGCAGUUCGUCCAGACCCACUGCUGGAACCACACCACCCAGGAGCCGGAGCAGCCACUCACCCACUCCAGCGCGAUCUCGAGGACCAUGGAGGCCUUUGCGGAGGAGCAGCAGCGGAGGGUGCAGCUGAAGGCCCAGGAGUACGCCAAGGUGGAGCUGCUGCACCGCCUACUCGUCCAGCAGCAACUGCAGGAGCUGGAGCAGCGCAGACUCAUGCGACUGGCCCUCGCCCGGCGGCGGCUGGACUACUCGAGCUAGGCGGACCGGGCAAUUUGCUCAUAAUUUAUUUAGAUUUACAAUUUACGCUAAGAUUGUGCCUAAGUAUUUGCGAUUUUUAAGUGGCCACAUAAUGAGUGCCAACGAGGCGCAGAGACAAUAAAGCCGCGGAGUGCGCAAAUUAAA